AUGUCGACGCCCGUCCGCAAGCUUCACGGCGCCCCCGCGCGUGACGCGACGGCACCGACGCGUCGCGCGAUCGAACGGCGCGUCGCGCGCGCGGUCGGAGCGCGAGACGUGCGCUCGAGAGCGGUCGAGGUCGAUGACGCGAACGACCUCUUCGGCGGCGACGUCGCGCGCGCGGCGAACCUGAUCGUCAUCGGUGGACGCGGGUGCGGGAAAUCGAGCGUGUGCAGACGCUUGGCGGCGAGCGAUAAGCGAUUUAAACUGUUUUCACUGGAUGACCUCAUCGUGUACGAGGCUGGAAUGGCGAUACCGGACAUCGUCGCGCGACACGGUUGGCGAUAUUUCCGGGAUUUGGAGUACGAAGUGUGCGUGAAAGCGGGACGAGCGUUCGAUGGGUGGACUCUGAUCGACGCCGGGGGGGGCGUGGUGACGGAUCUCGAUGAGAACGACGAGGAGAUGUAUAGCGAGCGCAAAGUCGCGGCGUUGAAGCAGAACAACGGUUUGAUCGUUUUCUUGGAUCGAGACGUGGAGUAUCUGGUACAGAGGAUCGAGGGGGACGUGAACAGGCCAGAUUUAAGCGCGAGCAAGGGGUUUAGGGAGAUCAUGGCGAGGCGUUUGCCUUGGUAUCGACGGGCGGCGGAUCUUGUCGUCGACGGCGGCGGAUUUCCAGGUGACCCGGACGAAGAUUUCCAGGCAAAAAAGGUGAUAAAGAAGAAGAGGCUCGCGUCCAGAAUCGCGGCUUGGUAUUACAAUCAGACGGGGCAGUCUCCGCUCGAGGAUCACUGGUUCCAAUUGGACCUUCCCACCGUGACGACGGAGAACAAGUAA